ACCAGGAAGCCUGGGAAAUAUAGUCUUCGGCGCUUUAGGCUCGCUCGGCUGCGGGGCCGGCGCCAGCGGGGCGUCCUCCCUGCCGCGCUCCCUCGCGGCUCCGCCCGGGGGACCCCGCUUUUCCCGUCACGCCCGCGGCAGCGGUCUCCCAGCAUCAGGCAUGCGUAGAGAUUGCAACACGGAAUCUUGCGGUACGGAAGUGACAGUGCAACACCUUCCCCUGGAAACCUUCCGGAAUAAUGUCACGCCUGUUUUUAUUUGGGAAAAGGAGACCCCCCAAAUAAGAUUGAGCAAGAGUUAAAAGGUCAAGCCGGUGUUUCCUAACGUGCCCAGCAGGCCCCUGGAGGUGGCGUUGCUCAUCACAAUGGCGACCUGAAAAGUUGACUGGUUGUCUCAGCCUUUCUCAUUUCUCCCCAAAGCCAUGUCCAGGCCAUCCCUCAUCACAUUUACUCCAGCCACUGACUCCAGCGACCUCUGGAAGGAUGGGCAGCAGCAGCCACAGCCGGAGAAGCCAGAGCCUGUCCUGGAUGGGGCUGCAGCCCGGGCCUUCUAUGAGGCUCUAAUCGCGGACAAGAGUAGUUCCCCUAAGCCCCAGAGAGCUGACCCUAUCGGGGGAAGAAAGAGCAAGAGAAGGAGAAUGACGAGGGAUGUUGCGGCAGGAGCCUCAAGGCAAGGAAGACCACUUGAGGAUGAAGACAAGAUGACCCCGUGGAUCCUGCUGGCAGCCCAGAAUGGGGAUGUGACAGAACUUCGAAGGCUGCUGGAACCUCGAGAGGCAGGGGGAGCCGGAGGGAACAUCAAUACCCGCGAUGCCUUCUGGUGGACUCCCUUGAUGUGCGCAGCCAGAGCAGGCCAGGAGGCAGCUGUGCGCUAUCUCCUGGGUCGAGGGGCCGCCUGGGUAGGAGUCUGUGAGCUGGGAGGCAGAGACGCUGCUCAGCUGGCUGAAGAAGCAGGCUUCUCUGACGUAGCCCGCAUGGUCAGAGAGAGUCCUGGGGAGACAAGGAGCCCUGAGAACCAGAACCGGCCUCCCCCCACCUCCCGGUUCUGUGAGGACUAUGGUGCCCACUUUGAAGACUCCAACCACCGUACAUCUACUGCCCACCUGCUGUCCCUGUCCAGGAGCCCCCAGUCCUCCAGCCUUCCCCUUGGGGUGCCCACCUCCAGUCCUGGCUUCAGGCUGCUGCUGAGGGGUGGCUGGGAGCCAGGAAGGGGGCUAGGACCCCGGGGCGAAGGCCGUGCCAACCCCAUUCCCACUGUCCUCAAGCGGGACCAGGAAGGACUUGGCUACAGAUCUGCACCCCAGCCCCGAGUCACGCACUUCCCAGCGCGGGAUACCCGGGCUGUGUCUGGGAGAGAGAGGGUGCCUCGAGUUGCCACACUGAGUCAGAGGGAGAACAAAAAGAGAGAGGAGAAGGACAGAGCCUGGGAGCGAAAUCUGAGACUGUACAUGAACCUUGAGUUCUGACCAGCGGGCUUGCCUUUCAUUUGCUGGACUUGGGCCCCUGGCCUGGGUAUUGGACUUCUACUUCCUGGGAUCCGCCCAGAUGCCAGACCCUCGGGUUCUGGCUCUUGGCCUCUGCUUUAGAGAGAAUGACUGAGAGUUGGGAGACAAAUAAACUUCCUUCAUUGUG